UUGCCCGGGAGCGCAUUUUAGCUAGAAUUAUAGAAGUAUCUUACAGAGAAUUUAUUUAUAGUUCACUCUCCCAAAAGAGUGAAAGACAGCGUAGUAGGCGAUUUCAGUCAUGGAAGGAAAUCAGGAGGUAGAAGUAAUUCACUCGUGGUCUGCUCCUAGAUCUCUCAGUACCAGCCUUAUGUACUCAUUUGCUCAGAGAGAUGACAUAGAAGUUCUUGAUGAACCCCUCUAUGCGAACUUUCUUCGAGUGACGGGUGCGGAAAGGCCUUACCGUGAGGAGCUUCUAUCCAAAAUGGAUUCUGAUGGCAGUAGAGUUGUAAAAGAGGUGAUUUUUGGUCCGGGAGCAAAGAAAUAUCGCUACUGCAAGCAUAUGGCAAAACAACGAGUACCUGGCUUGACAGAUGAGUUGAUGAAAAAAGGGAAGCACUUCAUACUGAUAAGGAAUCCCCUUGAUAUUUUGCCAUCUUUUGACAAAGUUGUGCCACCAUCCUUUCUUGAGCUGGGGUUGGCAGAUCUGGUUUCCAUAUACAGUGAGCUCUGUGAAUUUGGGAGGCCUCCACCUAUAAUAGAUGCAUCAGAACUUCAACAGGAUCCUGAGGCUGCCUUGCGUGGCCUUUGUGAAGACUUGGAUAUUCCUUUUCAGCCAGCCAUGCUCAAAUCUUUUGGCCCAAGAAAAUGUGCUCCAACCUCGCUAGCAAUGCAUCCAAUCUCCCCAAUUGCAUGUCUGCUAUGGGAAGCUGGUCGAAAAUCAGUUGAUGGGAUUUGGGCUCCAUGGUGGUAUAAGAGUGUGCAUAAGUCAACAUGUUUCACAUCAGCAAAACCUUACCCUUUGCCAUUUCCAUCUUCCCUGUAUGACCUAUUGGAGCAAAGUCUACCUUUCUAUAAUAUGCUUAGGCGCCAUGCAAGGCAGGUAUCAUCCCUCUUUGGAUCACCCUUGCCUCCUCCUAGACUUCCCGUUCCGGCCAAUGAAAAGCUGCUUGUUUGGGUUGGUGAUGAGAUUGUGCCCCGUGAAAGUGCCAAGGUUUCAGUAUUUGACUCAGUUGUUCAAGGAGGUGAUGCUGUCUGGGAGGGACUUCGUAUUUAUGAUGGGAAGGUUUUUAAGCUCAAUGAGCAUUUAGACAGGUUAUUUGACUCAGCAAAAGCUUUGGCUUUCAAUAAUGUUCCAACUCGCAAAGAGGUUAAGGAAGCAAUUUUCAAAACUCUCAUUUCAAAUAGCAUGUUUGAUAAUGCACAUAUCCGACUGACUCUAACACGCGGCAAAAAGGUUACUUCUGGAAUGAGCCCUGGAUUCAAUCUUUAUGGAUGCACUUUAAUUGUUCUUGCUGAGUGGAAACCACCGGUUUAUGACAAUACGGGUGGUAUUACUCUGGUUACUGCCACUACUCGUCGGAAUUCACCAAAUAAUCUGGAUUCAAAGAUUCACCACAACAAUCUUCUCAACAACAUACUUGCAAAGGUUGAAGGGAAUUUAGCAAAAGCAGAUGAUGCAAUCAUGCUAGACAAGGAUGGCUAUGUGUCAGAAACGAAUGCAACAAAUAUUUUCUUAGUGAAGAAAGGUUGUGUGAUGACACCUCAUGCUGAUUAUUGCCUUCCUGGUAUAACACGGGCAACAGUGAUGGAGCUUGUGAUAAAAGAAAACUUGGUCUUACAGGAGCGAAGAAUCAGUUUAUCUGAGUUCCAUACUGCAGAUGAGGUAUGGACAACAGGAACCAUGGGAGAACUCACCCCAGUUGUGAUGAUUGAUGGGCGUGUCAUUGGUGAUGGAAAAGUAGGACCGGUGACUCGAAGACUGCAGAAUGCUUAUAAAAACCUUACAGCAGAAAUAGGGGUGCCUAUACCUACAUAUACUAGGAUUUAAAUGCCAAGCUUCAUGGAUUUGUAAGUUUUCUCCCACAUUCCCCUCGCAUUCUUGAAUGUAUUUGAACUCAAAGAUCAUAUUUAUAAAUAAUGGACAAGAAUUCAUCAUUUUCUUUCCCUAACAA